GUUCAGACCUGGUUACGUGCGCUGGGGAAAUAAACUGGAGGGGGUGGAGAGAGCGCGCGAGACUGCAAUAUCAUUUGUGAAUCGCUCUCACAGUGCCGCAGAUAGGGGCUGCAAACGCACGCGGCGCUUAUGCAGGUGAGAAAGGGGCGCUUGGAUUGAGAAUGCGGGACAGUAAGAGGAUUCUCUCGUAGGAAUUUCACAAUAUCUACAUCGGAAUUACAAUUGUCCGUGUUUGUUUCAUUUUUGUUAUUCCCGCGUGGUCAGAGGUUUUGUGCUGAGGAGUUCAUUUUUUAUUUAUUCCUCUCCCUAUUGCCUGUAACUGUGUGAACUAUAAAACACGGACUGCUUGUUAUAAGUGAGUGGAGGUAAAUAAAUCAGAGCGCUCGGAUUCUGCUUGGAAAGGCAACUGGACACACAAUCACUGCUUCUCCACUGCUUCAAGGUAAGAGGACGAGCCCCUCCGUAAAGUAGGCUACUGUAUCACCACAACUUGGGAAUCUGUGUGGACAUUUCAUUGCCACUACUCCGUAUUGGACAUCUCUUCGGACGGGGAAAUUGGGAUUUUGACCAUUUACAUCAUUUCUAUAUCAAUCUUGGAAGAUUUUUUUGUAACUGAAAAGACUUGGACUGAUUUAAAAUUUCAAUUAAAUAAGAUAGAAUUUCUCUUUACGCGCAUAAAAUAUUCGGAUUCCUAAUGAAUUCAUGACAUAUGAUAUGACCGGACUGAACGGACUGUUUCGAUUGUGUUUUGCCCAGUUUUUAUUGAAAGAAGGAAAGAAACAUAAAUUCAGUGGAAAAGGGGGAGAGGAGAGCCCGUGCACUUGCUCUUAUUCAGUGCAGUCGAAUCGGUGUGGGAAGACGUCCGGAGGAUGAAGUCUCACACCUCCUGAAAUGGAGGACUUCAAAUAAUCCGAGAACGAAAAUUAUUGUUUUCCAAACACUAUACCAGCAAGUAAAGGACAUCCUCAUUUGAUUCAAGGCUUUAAAAUCCAUUCAUUACAUUGCGGGGAACAAUGAGGACUACUGGCGCAGUGGACUAUUUAUGCUACGGUAUACUCAUCCUGCAGCUGCUGAAUCAGCCUGCUGCCAAGCAAGUGCUCCGAUAUCGCUUGGCUGAGGAGGGACCCGCGGAUGUCAGGGUAGGGAACGUAGCUGUGGACCUCGGAAUCGUUGCCGGGUCUGGCGAGGUGACAUUUACCCUCGAGUCCGGAUCUGAUUUUUUCAAAAUAGAUAAUAUAACAGGCGAGCUGACCACCAAUGAACGGCGGAUAGACCGUGAAAAAUUACAGCAGUGCCAAAUGAUAUUUGAUGAAAACGAGUGUUUCAUAGAUUUUGAAGUGUCAGUAAUUGGACCGGCGCAGAGCUGGGUUGACCUGUUCGAGGGGAAAGUCAUUAUUUUAGAUAUAAAUGAUAACACCCCGUCUUUCCCAUCUCCCGUGCUGACCCUAUCGGUGGAGGAGAACAGGCCGAUUGGCACUCUCUAUCUCCUGCCCACGGCCACCGACAGAGAUUUCGGUCGGAACGGAAUUGAGAGAUAUGAGCUUAUUCAAGACAGCGGGGAGAGCUCCAGGCGCCUGGGCUCAAGCUCAGGGGGGCGCGGGGCGGACAGGAGAUUCGACGAGGGGGCAGGCAGGAGCAGCGUCUUUGAACUGCAAGUUGCUGACACAACCGACGGGGAAAAGCAGCCGCAGCUCAUCAUUAAAGGGGCACUGGACAGAGAGCAGAGGGAUUCUUAUGAGCUCACCCUGCGUGUUAGGGAUGGGGGCGACCCCCCACGCUCCUCCCAGGCCAUCCUGAGGGUGAUGAUCACUGAUGUGAAUGACAACAGCCCCCGCUUUGAGAAGGCUGUGUAUGAGGCUGACCUGCCGGAGAACAGCUCCCCUGGUGCCCCCAUCCUGCAGCUGAAAGCAGCUGACGCGGACGUCGGGGUGAACGGUCAGAUCGAGUACGUAUUCGGCGCGGCCACAGAGUCAGUGCGUAGGCUGCUGAGGCUGGACGAGAGCUCGGGGUGGCUGAGCGUGCUCCAUCGUAUUGACCGCGAAGAGGUGAGUCAACUACGCUUCACGGUGAUGGCGAGGGACCGAGGCCAGCCGCCCAAAAUGGACAAGGCCACCGUGGUCCUCAACAUCAAGGAUGAGAACGACAACGUGCCAGCCAUCGAGAUUCGUAAGAUCGGACGCAUCUUCCUGAAGGAUGGAGUGGCCAACGUGGCUGAAGAUGUAGUGGUGGACACGCCUAUUGCUUUAGUCCAGGUGUCAGACCGCGACCAGGGUGAGAACGGCAUCGUGACCUGCACUGUGGUGGGUGACGUGCCCUUCCAGCUCAAACCGGCCAGCGAGAUCGAGGGUGAGAUGAAUAAGAAGAAAUACUUCCUCCAUACAUCAGCGCCGCUGGACUACGAGGCCACACAGGAGUACAACGUGGUCAUCGUGGCUGUGGACUCAGGAAGCCCUAGCCUGGCCAGUAAUAACUCGCUCAUCGUAAAGGUGGGCGACUUCAACGACAACCCACCCAUCUUUAGCCAGAACGUGGUCGAGGUGUCCUUUCCGGAAAACAACGCCCCCGGCGAGAGGGUGACCACUGUACUGGCCAUCGAUGCCGAUAGUGGCAAGAACGCGGAAAUCGCCUACUCCCUCGAUUCCUCUGUGAAUGGGAUAUUCUCCAUUAAUGCCGACAACGGUGACAUCAGAGUAAACACCAUUCUGGAUAGAGAACAAACAGAGAGGUACCAGUUCAAAGUGAUAGCCAAAGAUAAGGGCAUGCCCAUACUCCAGGGGUCAGCCACUGUGGUAGUCCUAGUGGCUGAUAAGAAUGACAAUGAGCCUAAAUUCAUGCAGGACGUGUUCACCUUCUACGUCAAAGAGAACCUUACACCCAACAGCCCUGUUGGCAUGGUGACCGUCAUUGACGCCGACAAAGGCCAGAACGCAGAAAUGAGCCUCUUCAUUGAGGAAGAGGAGGAGAUCUUCUCCAUUGAGAACGACACAGGAACCAUUUUCUCCACCAUGUCGUUUGACCGCGAGCAGAAAACCACCUACACGUUCCGGGUCAAGGCUGUGGACAGUGGAGACCCACCCAGAUCAGCCACUGCCACCGUGUCACUCUUCGUGAUGGACGACAAUGACAACCCGCCGACCGUUACCUUCCCCAUCAAUAGCUCAUACACCCUACUGCCCCCCUCCAGCAAUAUUAGGACUGUAGUACGAACUGUCAUGGCCACCGAUACCGACACAGGGAUCAACGCUGACCUAAACUACAGUAUCAUCGGGGGCAACCCUUUCAAACUGUUUGAGAUCGACGGUGGCAGCGGGGUCAUCUCACUUGUUGGGAAGCUGGAGCAGAAACACUAUGGCCUCCACAGACUGGUGGUCCAGGUGAACGACAGUGGCCAGCCCUCGCAGAGCACCACCACCCUGGUGCACGUCUAUGUCAACGAGACCCUCUCCAACUCCACCAUCGUUGAGGCGCAGGUGGCUAAGAGCCUGGGCACUCCGCUCAAUACCAACAUCGCCGGUGACCCCAACUACGACCUGGGAAAGCAGCGGCUGAGCAUCGUCAUCGGCGUGGUGUCGGGCAUCAUGACGGUCAUCCUCAUCAUCCUCAUCGUGGUCAUGGCUCGCUACUGCCGCCCCAAGAACAAGAAUGGCUACGAGGCGGGCAAGAAGGACCACGAGGACUUCUUCACCCCUCAGCAGCAUGACAAGGGCAAGAAGCCCAAGAAGAACAAGAAGAACAAACAGCCGUUGUACAGCAGCAUCGUCACCGUCGAGGCCUCCAAGCCCAACGGCCAGCGCUACGACGGCGUCAAUGAGAAGCUGUCCGACAGCCCCGGGAUGGGCCGUUACCGCUCCGUUAACGGAGGGCCCGGAAGCCCGGAUUUGGCCCGGCACUACAAGUCCAGCUCGCCACUGCCCACGGUCCAGCUCCACCCCCAGUCGCCCACGGCCGGGAAAAAGCAUCAGGCUGUUCAGGACCUGCCCCCUGCCAACACCUUCGUUGGCACCGGAGAUAACAUUUCCCUUGGAUCUGACCACUGCUCUGAGUACAGCAGUCAAACCAUCAACAAGUACAACAAACAGCCGUUCCGCCGAGUGACCUUCUCGGUGGUGAGCCAACCCCAGGACCCACACCAGCAGGGAUCGCUGCAGAGCUGCUACGACAGCGGGCUGGAGGAGUCGGAGACGCCCAGCAGCAAGGGCUCUUCGGGGGGCCCCAGGCUGGGUGCAUUACCCCUGCCCGAGGACAGCUACGAGAGGACCACGCCGGAUGGCAGUGUCGGUGAGGCAGAGCAUAUGGAAAAUGGUAGGGGCAAACACUAAAGAGCAGGUAUAAAGUGCAAUACACAUUGAGACAUAUAUUCUACACUGAGAAUAUAGGUGAACAUCGAGGUAGAUACAGGUAGAUAUAGAUACAGGUAGAUAUAGAUGUUUAAUUCCCAACGUGUAGGAGCUCUUGCGUGUAGAGCAAGCAGGUGGUAUUGUGCGUUAUGGGUGUGAGGUGUAUUUUUAAGGUUGAUUUUGAACAGGGAAGUGAGGUCUGGAUCGUUAGGGAGUGUUUGAUAUGCCCUCUGGACAUGAAUACUGCAGCUAGUGCAGGUUGAAUUUAAUUUGAGACCGCGUAUGCAUUCAUCAAGUGAAUAUAAUCUGAAGCACAGGCAGGUUUUGCUUUAGCCUUUGAUGCACGCUCCUCGUCUCGUCUUGAAAGACCUGGGUUAAUUUGAUUAAGUUUGAGUAGAUGUAAUACCCUUAUGAAUUUAUUUCCAUAUUAGAUCAAGGCCUUGGUAGUUAAUCUUCCGGUAUGUUCUUUGGACCGCGUCGCCAUCCCUUUGCUAGUUGAAUUUCAUCUAGACCUACUGUACAUCUACCUGGCCGGAUUGAUUUUCUACGUGAUCUGUAUUUUGUUUUUUUGCCCCGAUGAAAUUAGGUUUGUGAAGAAACAUACUUUUCCACGUCCCAUUUUAUCCUUCGGAGGCAUUGAGCUAGAUUCUAGAACAGCUAACUGCAGUACAGAUGGAUCCAUGAUGAUUCACUGUCUGACGGUGGUUUAUUUGUCUAUAACCAGUGGUUUGCAGGUGGAGCUGAUUCUUUUGUUGAUAUUAAAGGGAUGGAAGAUACCCCAAAGGAUGCUGGCCUAGCUUCCUCCUUAGGCUCCGUUUCUACCAUUGGUUUAUGACAAACUAUGAUCUAAAGACACAUCCAGUUCACACACUGUAUUAUGGGACCUAGAAUCAAAACCACAACUCUGAUGUUGUGAGGCAAGCGGUUUUAUCAAGCCAUUGCUGAAUCUGCAGCCCUAGUUGAUGUAUUCUGUGGCAUGGGGAAAACCAGCCAGGGUUUAGAGGUAAUGGACCCACUAAUAGUCUGGUUUAGAUCUAACAAGCUUUGGCCGUUUUAAGACUGUAAGCCUGAGCAGGGUGACUUUACGAGUGGCUGAAGAUCAGGAUAUUCAAAUUGUGUAAAUCUUGUGUGAUUUCCUUGUGCAAUGUUUCGAGGCUUUGUGUCCCACAGUUUAUCUGAGGGGAAGUCAAACCUUGUCACAUCUGCAGUCCAAAUAAAGUCCAUAUUUUCAUAAUUCAUAAUCUAACUACAUUUCUAUAAAGGCGAUAUGAGACCGGAAUUUGACCUACAGGUUGUCAAUCUGUCUGACUUUGAAAUGAACCUGAGCAUAGAUUUACCAACAGACAGACAGAUCCAGACAUAAAUACAGACAGACAGACAGACAGACAGACAGACAGACAGACAGACAGAUCCAGACAGAUCCAGACAGACAGACAGACAGACAGACAGACAGACAGACAGACAGACAGAUAGAUCCAGACAGACAGACAGACAGAUCCAGACAGACACAGACAGACAGACAGACAGACAGACAGAACCAGACAGACAGACAGACAGAUCCAGACAGACAGACAGACAGACAGACAGACAGACAGAUCCAGACAGACAGACAGACAGAUCCAGACAGACAGACAGACAGACAGACAGACAGACAGACAGACAGAUCCAGACAGACAGACAGACAGAUCCAGACAGACAGACAGACAGAUCCAGACAGACAGACAGACAGAUCCAGACAGACAGACAGAUCCAGAGAGAUAGACACAGACAGACAGACAGACAGACAGACAGACAGACAGACAGACAGACAGACAGACAGACAGACAGACAGACAGAUACAGACAGAUACAGACAGACAGACAGACCGAACCAGACAGACAGACACAAUGUUCAACUCUGGGUGUUUCAAAUGAGCUUUUUAAUUGAGCCAUUCUCUGAGAACAUUGAGGCUACUUACUGUAGAUUAAAAACACUUUGUAUGUCAGAUGAGUCAGGUCUACUCAGUGUGGGCUGGGGGCUGCUGGGAUUUAAGGCCUCUCUUUCAGAACAAUAGCUGACCAUUUACGGGCCAAAUUAGCCGCAAUUAAAGGCUUGUUUCAAUUUGGUCUGCUCUUAAAGUAAUUGGAAUGAAGGAAUCAAUAUGAGACAGGUAGAUUAGAUCAAAACUUGGUCUGCCUAUCAAUCAAGUCCACUGAGGUCAAAAAGAGAAAGAUGAAAAAACACACACUUUGUGGAAAAGAUUGAACGUUUUUGAUUACUGCUUUAGAGAGCAGUGGAGGCUGCUGAGGGGAGGAUGUCUCAAAGUAAUGGCUGGAAUGGAGCGGAUGGUAUGCCGUCAAACAUCUGGAAACCACGUGUUUGACGUAUUUGAUACCAUUCCACUGAUUCUGCUCUAGCAAUUACCAUAAGCCCGUCCUCCCCUAUUAAGAUGCCAUCAAUCUCCCGUGGCAGAGAGAUCAGUUGUGAAUUGUGCUUUGUCUUUCUGUGGUCUCUCUAUUGCUCUAUGUGGAAAACAACGGCAAGGUCAAACACGGCAAGGUAGAUGAAUGGUAGACGACUAUAGAAUCAGAACAGUGACCGCUGCACACAAUCUUAAAGGAGGAUCAGUUGAUUUGUUCUCUGUUUGUGUGUGUCUCCUUAUUGCCUCUGUCUUCUUCAGUGUGUAUGUUUCUCCUAGUUGAUGUAUUCUGUGGCAUGGGGAAAACCAGCCAGAGUUUAGAGGUAAUGGACCCACUAAUAGUCUGGUUUAGAUAGAACAAUCUGUGGCCGCCUUCGGUGUGUAUGUUUCUCAGCUACCUUUUUCACCACACAUGUUAUCUCUAAUUUCUAUCUUAUAAUAUCUAUCUUUUCUCAAUUGCUAAAAUUAAUUGCAGUAUACUAGUGUCUGUCCUGGACAUGGAAAAAGCUUACACUUUUGGCUCAGUAUAUUUUCUGCAACCUUUCGGUUACUGGCCCAAUGCUGUAACCACCUGCCGCCCCUAAAUGAUUGGCCAAAGCACUAUAACCCUUCCAAUGGGAGGCGAUGUCGUUCUACUGCCUCCCUCAUGCAGCAGUCAAAGCACACACAGACUCCCCAGUGCUACAUUGACUCGCUGCUAACCCGCCGUCCAUUAAAACGGGGACAAAAAGAGAGGAACAAAAGUUAGCAGAUGGCCGUGUAGACUCGGCGCUGGGGCAUCGUUAGGCUGUGGUCGUUAGGGUUGCGUGAGAGAUGUUCAGUGACGGUGGGGAGCGGCGCAGUGUCUUUGUGUCGCCCCUCUGAGUCUGUCCUCACACCCCUGCCGUCUGACCAGAGUGUCAGAUUUAAGUCCGGGGAAAGGG